AUGGCAGCGGCGAUGGAAAUGAGUGAAGCUGAUCAAAUAAAAACGUUCAAAGAUUUCCUGGUCCAAUACAAUAAGCUAUCUGAAUUGUGUUUCAACGAUUGCGUGCACGACUUUACGUCUCGAACUUUACGUUCAACAGAGGAAAAAUGCAUACUUAACUGCAUGGAUAAGUAUCUGAGAACAAACCAAAGAGUGUCACAGAGGUUCCAUGAAUUCCAAAUGAUCGCCAAUGAGAAUAUGAUGGCAUUAGCUCAGAAGUCAGGGAAUCCUAGUUAA